UAUAUAAUUGCCAACAUGGGUAUUCAACGUCUAAUCAUCCUUGCAGCUUUCUGUUUCUUGCAAACUUUGGCGAUUGGCUACAUCCCAAAGGACUGCUUCAGGCCAAAGGAAUUUUACAGCUGUGGAUCGGCAUGUCAAAUAACCUGCGAAACUCUUAAUCAAACUUGCCCAAUUAUUAACAUAAUCUGUAACGAUGUGUGCUAUUGCGUCGAAGGUUAUGCUAGAGAUCAAACUGGAACAUGCGUGCCUAUUGACAAAUGCGAGGAUAGGUUGAAUGGUAUUUGCGGAGAAAAUGAGGAAUAUCGUGUUGAUUUCUACUUGCAUAACGAUUGUCACGAGCAGUUGCUUACUGAUCUGGAAGUACCACAAGAGGAUGCUUUAGGUUGCUACUGCAUUGCUGGAUACAAGAGGGCUCCGACUGGUAUUUGCAUUCCUGCUGCAGAGUGUCCACCAAAACCACCAGCAAAAUACCCAGAAAAUAACUAAUUGGAAAACUAAACUUACAUUAAUAUGACUUAAUUAAAGCAUACUUAACAUAA